UUUCUGCGCUUCGCUCUCUACUUCGUUCCUUCGUCCUUUUCUCUCUCUAGAACUCGUUCCUCGAACUCAGUCGCGAAAAUGCGUGAGAUUCUUCACAUUCAGGGAGGGCAAUGCGGGAACCAAAUCGGAGCCAAGUUCUGGGAGGUGGUGUGCGCGGAGCACGGAAUCGACUCAACGGGAAGGUACCAAGGGGACAACGAGUUGCAACUCGAGCGCGUCAACGUGUACUACAAUGAAGCGAGUUGCGGGCGAUUCGUUCCCAGGGCGGUACUGAUGGAUCUGGAGCCAGGAACCAUGGAUAGCGUCAGAUCUGGUCCUUACGGACAAAUUUUCCGGCCAGAUAACUUCGUUUUUGGACAGUCCGGAGCCGGUAACAACUGGGCGAAGGGGCACUACACUGAGGGCGCUGAGUUGAUUGACUCGGUUCUCGAUGUUGUUAGGAAGGAGGCAGAAAAUUGUGACUGCCUUCAAGGGUUUCAGGUUUGCCACUCCCUCGGUGGUGGAACUGGUUCUGGAAUGGGAACACUUUUAAUAUCCAAAAUCAGGGAAGAAUACCCCGAUCGAAUGAUGCUUACGUUCUCUGUGUUUCCCUCUCCUAAGGUGUCUGACACUGUUGUUGAACCUUACAAUGCAACACUAUCAGUACACCAGCUUGUUGAGAAUGCGGAUGAAUGCAUGGUUUUGGAUAACGAAGCUUUGUAUGAUAUCUGUUUCCGUACCCUUAAGCUCACCACUCCAAGCUUUGGAGAUCUGAACCAUCUAAUUUCAGCCACAAUGAGUGGUGUAACAUGUUGUCUUCGAUUCCCUGGUCAACUCAACUCAGAUCUUCGCAAACUGGCUGUGAAUCUCAUUCCCUUCCCUCGUUUGCAUUUCUUCAUGGUGGGGUUUGCCCCUCUCACUUCCCGUGGAUCACAGCAGUACAGGGCACUCACUGUACCUGAAUUGACCCAACAAAUGUGGGACGCCAAGAACAUGAUGUGUGCAGCGGAUCCUCGCCACGGUCGUUAUUUGACAGCAUCUGCCAUGUUCCGUGGUAAGAUGAGCACCAAGGAGGUUGAUGAGCAGAUGAUUAAUGUUCAGAACAAGAAUUCCUCGUACUUUGUUGAGUGGAUCCCAAACAAUGUCAAAUCUACUGUCUGUGAUAUUCCACCAACUGGUCUAAAAAUGGCUUCCACCUUCAUUGGCAACUCUACGUCUAUUCAAGAGAUGUUCCGCAGAGUUAGUGAACAAUUCACCGCUAUGUUCCGUAGAAAAGCUUUCUUGCAUUGGUACACUGGGGAGGGCAUGGAUGAGAUGGAGUUUACUGAGGCUGAAAGCAACAUGAAUGACCUUGUCUCGGAGUACCAGCAAUACCAAGAUGCAACUGCAGAUGAUGAUGGCUAUGACUAUGAAGAUGAGGAUGUUCCGGAGGAGGAUUCUUAAACAGUAGUGUUUUGGAGGGUGUUUUUGUUUGUGUUUGUUGUGAUACUUGGUCAAUGUUGUCAAGUUGUCUUUUUCCCUCCUCAACCUGAAUACCUUUUUCGGGGUUUUGGAUUGUUUUUGGGCGCCGCCGUCUGUGUUUGUGGGCUAUAAUAUGGUAGUUUAGGGCUUUAUUUUUCUGCAUAUUUUCGUUUUUGUUAAAUGGUGCUCUUUUAUAAUCUCUAAAAGAUU